UGUGUUGUAGCUAGGAGCGAAAGGAUGUUGACCGUCCUCUGAGAGUGUUUGUAACAGACUGUAAUGAACAAUAUUACAACAUGAGUCAAAAAUAAGCGUCAGUUCGCUCUCACCGAAUGAAGAAACAAUAACGGAACUGUCCAUCAUGUCAGUCAACAGAUGCGUGUUUAUUUUCUCACGGGUGCCGCACAGAAUUCGUGCAAUAUCUGUGCAAAACAGAAAUGUACUUGACAGUCGUGCUAGGCAAGUUGCUUCUAUAGCGUUAUUAAAACAUCCUUCGACAGGUCAUCUGUCCCCAAGAAGACACGUUUCUUCCAACAGCUCUUCACGACCACCGGACACCUCGCUUUUUGUCCCCCUGAGCGUCAAAAGCGAGCUCACCGCGGAUGCUAGUGUAGGAGCGGAGCUUACGCAACCUCUGGAUAAAAGUGAACUUCUAAAAGUGCUGAAUAAAUUCUACAAGAGGCCAGAGAUCCAAAAAUUAGCAGCAGACCAUGGUCUCGAUGCUCGUCUCUUUCACCAAGCCUUCAUCAGUUUUAGGAAGCACGUGUUGGAGAUGUCUGCCAUCUCUGCUGAUCUUCACAUCGUUCUCAAUGACAUCUGCUGUGGAGCAGGGCACAUAGAUGACAUCUAUCCUUACUUCAUGAGACACGCCAAGCAGAUAUUUCCUAUGUUAGACUGCAUGGACGAUCUUCGCAAAAUUAGUGAUCUGCGUGUUCCCGCCAACUGGUACCCAGAGGCUAGGGCCAUUCAAAGGAAGAUCAUAUUUCAUGCUGGGCCCACAAACAGUGGGAAGACCUACCAUGCCAUCCAGAGGUACCUGGCAGCCAAGUCCGGGGUCUACUGUGGGCCGCUGAAGCUGCUGGCCCAUGAAAUCUUUGAGAAGAGCAACAACUCAGAAGUGGCCUGUGACUUGGUGACGGGAGAGGAAAGGACGUUUGUGGAUCCAGAGGGGAGGCAAGCUUGUCAUGUGGCCUGUACCAUUGAGAUGUGCAGCGUCAACACACCUUACGAGGUUGCAGUGAUAGAUGAGAUCCAGAUGAUCAGAGACUCGUCAAGGGGCUGGGCCUGGACCAGGGCACUACUAGGACUGUGUGCAGAAGAGAUCCAUGUGUGUGGCGAGCCUGCUGCCAUUAACUUUGUCACUGAGCUCAUGUACACUACAGGAGAGGAGGUAGAGGUGCGUAACUACCAGCGCCUGACACCUUUCUCCAUUAUGGACCAUGCUGUGGAGUCUCUGGACAACCUCCACCCUGGAGACUGCAUCGUGUGCUUCAGUAAAAACGACAUCUAUUCCAUCAGUCGCCAGAUUGAGAUCCGUGGACUAGAGUGUGCGGUCAUCUACGGCAGUCUGCCCCCUGGCACCAAGCUUUCUCAGGCGAAGAAGUUCAAUGACCCCGACGAUCCCUGCAAGAUUCUGGUUGCCACAGACGCCAUAGGCAUGGGCCUGAACCUGAGUAUCAAGCGCAUCAUCUUCAACUCUCUGGUGAAGCCCAACGUUAACGAGAAGGGGGAGAAGCAGAUGGAAACCAUCUCCACCUCCCAGGCCCUGCAAAUUGCCGGCAGGGCUGGCCGCUUCAGCUCAAUCUUCAAAGAGGGACAGGUCACCACCAUGUAUCGAGACGACCUUGUUGUCCUCAGGGAUCUCCUCGGUCACAGUGUUGAGCCCAUCAAGACAGCAGGUCUCCAUCCUACAGCUGAGCAGAUUGAGAUGUUUGCCUACCACCUACCAGAAGCCACUCUCUCCAACCUCAUAGAUAUCUUUGUGAGUCUCUCUCAAGUGGACGGCCUCUACUUCGUCUGUAACAUUGACGACUUCAAGUUCCUGGCCGACAUGAUUCAGCACAUCCCUCUGAACCUGCGCUCGCGCUAUGUCUUCUGCACAGCACCCAUCAACAAGAAACAGCCCUUCGUCUGCACCUCCUUCCUCAAGUUCGCCAGACAGUUCAGUCGAGAUGAGCCUCUGACCUUUGAGUGGGUGUGUCGUCAAAUCAACUGGCCGCUGGUCCCACCCAAAAACAUCAAAGACCUGGUGCAUCUGGAGGCUGUGCACGAUGUUCUAGAUCUCUACCUCUGGCUAAGCUACCGGUUCAUGGACAUGUUCCCAGACGCGAGCCAUGUGAGGGUGAUCCAGCAGGAACUGGACGACAUCAUCCAGCUGGGCGUCCGGAACAUCACCCGCCUCAUCAGAGCCACCGAGGCUGCGGACCCCUUGGCUGGCCAGCAGCAGAAGCACGCUGUCCCCCUCAGACGGAGCCGCAAGCCUGCGGGGAGCGGAGGCACGGGCAAGGACAUCUCGCUGGGGUCUCGCCUGGUCAAGGAUGGUUUGCUGACCUCUGACCUCCUGAGACAGCUGCAGAGGGAGUGGUCUAAAGAACACACCUCCGUUGGAGAGAUGGCUAACCCAAUAACAACAGCCGGGACAGGAAAAGACAAAAACAAAGUGAAGAAGAAGAAGAAAUGAGUGUGUCUGACAGAAGGAUUCAGAGAAGGUUUUAGUUUUAUAAAUGGAGGAUUUUGUCACCUCUUCACCGAACUGAACAAAAAACAUCAUAUAAUAUCUGAGACAGUACUACAGAGAUAGUUAGUUCCUUUUACAUGCCUAAAAAAACUAUAUGGUUACAAAAGACUUUGGUCAAUUUCAGCAUCAAACACUGGUACACACCAAUGUCCUGUACUGUAUGUGCUGUAAAAUCCUGAUUGGAUACUGCAAUGAGUUAAUAAACUCAAUGUCGUCAUAUUUGUA